AUGGCGGAAAUUCAAAAAAAGAAACGAGUUUUUCUAUCAGUGGAGCAGAAGAUGCAAAUUGCCGAACAAUUACAGGAGGGAAUUACGGUGAAGGCACUUUCUCGAGAAUAUGGAGUAUCGCCGGAUGUGAUUCAUCGGAUUCGACGAGAGUGUAGACUCCUAUCCGCUUUUGGGACCCGAGGGGGCCAUGUAUUACAGCAUAAAAAUCGAAGAAGAUCUUCGGUCCAAGAUUUAGAAGAGCGAUUGUAUACAUGGUUCGUUCAACAACGAGCGAUGGGAAACCCUAUAACAGAUUUGCUGUUGCUGGAAAAGGCCCGCGAAAUGUUGGCUGCGCACGGAGGAACCUCAUAUGCCGGAAGCAAGGGCUGGUUGUGGAGAUUCAAACAACGCUAUGCGAUCCACUUAGCCCAUGCUCAUGGUGAAAAAGCAAGUGCUGACAAAGAUGGUGCGCAAAAUUUCAUAAAGAUAUUCAAUGACAAAAUCGCGGAAGAGGAUAUAAAUUUAAAUUUAGUCUUUAAUAUGGACGAAGCAGGCCUUUUAUGGAAAACUAUUCCUUCGAAAAGCCUUAUAACAGAUACAGAAAGUAAAUUGGAAGGCAGAAAAUUAAAAAAGGAUAGGGUGUCCAUUGGCUUGUGUAGUAAUGCAACUGGUACACAUAAAUUGGCCCUGAUUUUUAUUCACAAAUUUCAAAAUCCACGAGCUUUGAGAAACUGCGGAAAUUUGCCAGUGUACGAGGAGCAUUUCAAACCUAGCGUACAAAUGUACAAAACAGAAAGCGGUAUGUUAGAUAAAGUCAUUCUGUUGGUGGACAACUGCUCCCGCCAUAAAACUAUUACACCCCAAGUACAUGAAAAUUUUGAAAUUAUUUAUCUACCCCCCAAUACGACAUCCCUGAUACAACCCAUGGACCAAGGCGUUAUUGCCAAAUUUAAAACAACCUAUAGACAUAAGAUGUUACGCCGAGUUUUGCAAUAUGAGCAAGGAAUACAGGAGUUUUAUUGUAAAUUUAAUAUUAAAGACUGCAUAAAUUUAGUGGCGGAAUCAUGGACGGAUAUUACAUCUGCCAAUCUACAAGCCAGUUGGAACAAAAUUUUCUGCAGGGAAUCAGAACAAAUCGAUAUAUGCAAUACUUUCAUACACUCAGAAAUGACGGACAUUAUUAAUGCUCUCACGGGCGAAAACAAUGACAGCGAAGAAUUAAAUACCGUACUUACACAUUUGGAGGAACAGGAGGCAAUGAAUUAUGAAGAUGACAGUACGGCGAUGGAAAUAGAAAGAAGUGAAAAUGAAGAAGAAGAAAAAGAGGAAGAACAUGAUGCUACAUAA